CAGGCGCUGAGCGGGUCGCCUGUUCUCUCACGCAAGGUGGGUUACAGACUGGCUGGGAAGAUACAGCACGCACACAAAUGACCAAAAUGCAACGAAGACGAGAGUUGUAUGGACCCUUCCAGGCCGAGGCUCCCUCCUAGCUUCUCACUGUACGUUCUCUCCUAAGAAAUGUCAGACUCACGACCUCAGUUGCUUCCUACCCAGAUGACUUCUGUAUUUAUAACUGCAGGCAAUACGCGUCCUCUGAGCUCAGGAUCCAUCUAUUCAGCUGCCUGAUUGACGUCUCCUCUGGGCUUACAGAGGCCCCUUACCCUCUAGUAUACUCAGAAGAUGGCCGACUCUUGGCAGGAAUGCAUGGAUUAUGCGGUAACCCUGGCAAGACAAGCUGGAGAGGUGGUUCGUGAUGCUCUGAAAAAUGAAAUGAAUGUCAUGAUUAAAAGUUCUCCGGCUGAUCUGGUGACUGUAACUGACCAGAAAGUUGAAAAAAUGCUCAUCUCUGCCAUAAAGGCAAAGUAUCCAUCGCACAGUUUCAUUGGUGAGGAGUCUGUAGCAGCUGGGGAAAAAAGUAUCUUAACUGACAACCCCACGUGGAUCAUUGACCCUAUUGAUGGAACAACUAACUUCGUACAUAGAUUUCCUUUUGUAGCGGUUUCUAUCGGUUUUGUUGUAAAUAAAAAGAUGGAGUUUGGAGUUGUGUACAGCUGUGUGGAGGACAAAAUGUAUACCGGCAGGAGAGGACACGGUGCCUUCUGUGACGGUCAGAAACUGCAGGUUUCACAGCAAGAAGAUAUUACUAAAUCACUCUUAGUGACAGAAUUGGGCUCUUCCAGAACACCAGAGACUGUCAGAACUGUCCUUUCUAAUAUGGAAAAACUUCUUUGCAUUCCUGUUCAUGGGAUCCGGGGAGUUGGAACAGCAGCUGUUAAUAUGUGCCUUGUGGCAGCUGGAGGAGCAGAUGCGUAUUACGAAAUGGGAAUUCACUGCUGGGAUAUGGCAGGAGCUGGUAUUAUUGUUACAGAAGCUGGUGGUGUGCUGACGGAUGUAACAGGUGGACCUUUUGAUUUGAUGUCACGAAGAAUAAUUGCUGCAAGUAGUAGAACAUUAGCUGAAAGGAUAGCCAAAGAAAUUCAGAUAGUACCUUUUCAAAGAGAUGAUGAAGAUUAAUUACAACACCUUCAACAUAAUCACAGUUGCUUUUCCCCAGAUUUUCUGAUGCAUUGCUGAUGUUACAAAAUUUGGGACAUUUGUUUCAAAUGUAUAAUAAAUUGUGUAAAUUGUUUUUGAUGUCCAGGUUAAAAAACUGGAACUUGGUCCGUACUGUACUAAGUAUUCGAGAAUAGAUGAGAUACUUGUUUCAUUGUUUUAAAAAGUUUUAUGUGUAAGAAUGUGCUUUGGGAAAAAUACCAGGGCAGUAGAAUUCAUGAGAUAGGUGUUGCGUCACCUGAAGUAGCCAAUGAGCAGUUUUGAGUUAUUAAGUGUGUAUGUUUUUUCGGAAAUAUGAACUUAUUAUUUAUAUACGUAGUACUCUUAAUUAGAAAGUAAACUUUUUGGGAAGAAUCUCUUUAGUCCUCAAAGCCAUGUUUAAUUAAAUUUGUAAGGGUAUAACGAGUACUUCUUAGCCCAAGAUUUCUCUCUUUGCAGAGAAACUUAUUUGUGCUGUUCAUUAUUGUACAGGUAGCACCUAGCACAGUGCCUGUCCAACAGUAGGCUCUUCCAAAAUAAGCAUUAAAAGAAUGAAUAUUUUGAAGGCAGCAAUUCCUAGUUAUAACAGAUACAUAAAAUAAUGAGCUCACCGUUCUGAAUUUUUGCUUCAGAUUUUAAAGCAAAAAUUAUGUAGUUAUCCUUUUUAACAUUUCACGUUACCACACCAUUUCAAGUUACCAUACCUCCAGAUAUCAUUUCUUAUGGGCAUUUAAUGAACACUUAGUGGGCAUUUCUGCAAUUAAUAUAUUGUCCAAAGCACUGCAUUUCAGUAUUUAUUUGGAUUCACCUUAAAGUGCUUGUGCAAGAGAAGAAACGGUUGUGUGAUAUGCUCUCGUCAUGUAUCUGAUAUAAUUAGAUACAGUGUAUCAUUUUACUAAAUUCAAAAUUCAUGCUUUAAGAUGUUUAGAUCAAUUUGGUUGUGAAUAGGAAACCUAGAACCUGACAGAUACACUCUCGUUAAUAUUGAACUAUUUGGUUUCUUCCCAAACUCCUUUUAACUUUGUUUCUGCUAGAUUUUAUUCAGCCUUUAAAUAUUCCUUAAAAGUCUUUGGCUUACUAAGUUCAAAAAGAAAAUUGUACUAGUUGAUAUUUUCAAAAGAUUAAUUUAUUGUUUAGCCUUGUCUCGACAUGAGAACAGAGUAUUAAGUUUUGUUAUAGGCUCAUGUGAGCCUUAUAUUUGAUAACAUAAAACGUGCUUCCAAGAUGUUUUCCAGGUAGGGGUUAUUUUAUUGUCAUGAACAUCUAAUACAUUAAAUAUAUGAUACUAAGAUUGAGAUAAUUUGUGCGGUUGAAUGUGUGCACUUAAAAUAUGUCAUACUGUAUUCUGAAUCAGGUUGCUUUACAGUUUAUUUUAAUUAAGAGUAUCAUGAAUAAAAUUCUAAAUAAAUGUAAUUAUUUACAUUAUUAAAAGUUUAUAGUUUACAUUACUUCUAGGGAUUUUGUGUUCGAUUAUAAAAAUUUGAAACUUGGAAUUGUGAUUAAAUGUAUGUUCUUAAUUUUUUGCUUAUAGUUUUUCUAACUUUUCUAAAGACUCCCCCCCCCAUUAGGUAGCUCUUUGAUCUUUUUAUUCUAAAUAAGGUUGAAUGUUUUGUGGCUGAAAUUUUUUUAGACAUUGAAGAAGGAUGAUUGACAAGUAGAUUAUUCAACAAUAAUUUGAAAAUCUUUUUUGAGUAACAGGACUUCUUAGGCUUAACAUUUAUAAUAUUCAGGCAUGGUAUACCAUCUUCCGGUAUGUGUACCCAUCCAUACAUGUAUAAGGUAUACACAUUUGAACACCCCUUCUGCCCUCACUUUUUUUCCAGCAAGAAUGAGCUCAUUGUAUUAUGUACUUAAUUGUGAAGUGCUUGAUGGCCUCAUUUUGAAUCACUGGCUAUUCUUAGAAAUGGUUAGCAGUGUUUGGGUCAGUAUUGUGCCUAUGAUAUGUAUCAGUGCGACUCAACUGCCCUUCAUGUCAGCAUCUAGCACGGAGCCCCACCACUUGUCUCUCAGUUUGUCGCACUGUGGUGGCUUGCAUGUUGCUGUGAUGCUGUGAUGCUACAAGGAAUACCAGUUAAUACAACUGUUAUUCAGCCACUACUACCAAAGAUGAAGAAAUUGAAGA